UUCACCGAAAGGAGAUGCGCGUGUGGAAAUUGCUGUCAGUGCGCGGCGGAAAAUUCGCCCACCCCAAACAUGUCGUCAUCUAGCGAGGACUGUCUGACGGCCGUGGAGGUGCCGGAGGAACGCUACGACGAUGCUAUCCACCAUCUAAAAUGGAAUUUCUUCGCCGACGAGCCGCUCAACAAUGCCGUGGGACUCUGCGCGAAAGGAGAAUCGCAGUGCGAGUUGGAGCGACACUGUCUGCUCACCUUGAAGCAGGGUUACUCCAGGAUGCUGGUGGAUAAGCGAGGAGUGAUCGCGGGAAUGGCACUAAACGGCAUCGUGAAAAAGGGCGAACGCGAGGAGGCGGAGAAGCGUUUGGCCGAGCUGGAUGAUGAGAAGUUUAAGACAAUUUUCAGACUACUCUAUAAAGUGAACGAGAAGAUCGAUCUGUUCACUAAAUACGAUGUCGACGAGCUGUUUGAGUGUCGGAUUCUCAGUGUCGAUGAGCGUUAUCGUGGCAAAGGCUUGGCCAAUAUUCUCAUGGCCGACAGCGUAAAAACGGCCAAAAGCGCCGGUUUCAAGGUGUGCAAGGCCGACGCGACUGGCUUGUACUCGCAGAAGGUAUGCCUGAAGCAAGGCUUCCGAGUGGAGGCGGAGAUCCCAUACGCAGAGCUGGAUGAAUCCAUCAGACCGGCGCCGCCUCACGAAGCGUUAAAACUCAUGGUGAAAUUAAUAGAUUGAACAUAAGAAGGAGAAAAAGCAGAAGAAAGUCGGACAGCUUAAUUAAAUUAAGCCACCAAUACGAAAGCGUAAAACGCAAAGUAGAUAAAAAAAUAUAUAUGUAUCAUGUCAUCGUGUCGUGACAAUAAGAAAUCCGUAAAUGCAUGUCUUUGGUGUCGCGAAAAUGACGUGACGCUUUCUUAUUUCGAAUAUUUACUUCAAAUUCAAGAGAGUUAUAUCGCGCAACUUUCACGUAGCAAGUGUCGAAACAUCUCUAAAUGAUGUCCGGUAUUACUGCCUCCCCGUGUAUGUGUUCCGAACGAGGUAUGAAGGUAUCAUACGGUUGUUAUAAAAAGGAGGUAACGAAGCAAAUUUAAUGUAGCGAAUGACGUUAAAAGUGAAUCACAUUCAGACUACAGUCAGUCUGUUGACAGCACAGGCAAUCCGCUCUGAUCCAGCAAAAGCAAAAGGAGAUACGCUUGUAGAAAAUACUUGUACGAACAUUGUUAUGUCGCUUAACUCCUGGAAACUAGAUGAUUUCAUGAGAAUUUCGACACUUUUACGUUACUGAUUCCAAUAUCCAAUGCAGUAUUGCACCUGUUAAUUAUCCGUCUAGACAGCAAUUAUUUUUUCUCGCGGUUAAUAUAAAGAAAAAGGAUGAUAAAAUGGCAGUAAACUAAACGCACUCGUAGAUAUCUCGUGAGGAUUAAGAUUUCAAAGGGGAACGUAUUAAUUGCCUGCAGAUGCAAAUAUCUGAUAAUAGAAAGGAAAAAGAAGAAAGUCAUAAAAGCGUGUGUAAAUGCUGCGGUUUGUUCGAAAUUUGUGCGUCUAGCGAUUUGCCGAUGUCGCCGGAUGAGAAAUAGUCCACGAGGUGCAUAAUGUCCAAUUAUGUAUAUAUGUCUACUAAUGCACAGUUUAUUCUUUCUCUCUCAUCAGCGAACAUCGGAAAAGCGCAGAGAUAUUGUUUUCUAAUUUAUACACGUAUACAUUAUCGUAUCGAAAAGUGAUUAUAUAGAAUAUUGUUGCUCGGGAUAUAACAAACAUGGGUCCAUACACGAGUAUAAAUUAAAAGAAC